GUGAUUGGGAAUUGAGGUGAAUAUCACCGUUCAAGAACAUUUAUACUCAACAUCCGAAAAAUCAAAAAAAGACGUUUUGUGUUUAGACAAGAAAACAAAUAUCAAGUUCUCGUAUUGAAUUCUUUCUUGUCCAGAAAGGCUCGGGAAGAGAAAGAUUGAACACCAACAGCCAAUCCUUUACACAGGGGUCAUUAUUCGAAGCUGGAAAGAUCCGUGCUGUCAUAAUACGCCUCACGUCACAAAACUCAAAAGUCAACAGUUCGCCAAGCAUGGACAAAAACCUCAGUCAGCUCCUCAAAUGGGGCAUUGAAAACCAAGAGAGGGGAGAAAACGCCGAGGCCCGACCAGCCAGCAAUCUCAACCCAGAAGUCAUCGCCUCCCUGUUCGGCGGACCGUCAGAGGCCGACCUCAUGAAGGCCGCCAUGGAGACCAUCCACGACCCGGAGGUGGCGCUCGAGAACAAGCUCAUCGCCUUCGACAACUUUGAGCAGCUCAUCGAGUCUCUGGACAACGCGAACAACAUUGCCAACCUCUCGCUCUGGACACCCCUCCUCGACUGCCUCGACCAUGAGCACGCCGAGAUGCGCCGCAUGGCUGCCUGGUGCGUGGGCACCGCCGUGCAGAACAACGUCCCCACCCAGGAGCGUCUGCUCGCCAUGGGCGGCGUGCCGCGUCUCAUCACCCUCGCGACACGUCCCGAAGAGGAAGAGCCCGUCCGCCGCAAGGCGAUCUACGCCAUCAGCUCCGCGGUGCGAAACUAUCAGCCUGCCAUGGACGUUUGCACGGACGAGCUGGCAAACCAGGGGUUUUCUGGGAGUAAGAUAGAUUCGCAGGACAUGGAUGCUGUGGAUGAGGUGAUGAACUUCCUCAAAGCCAAGGUUGCGAAGGCUUGAUUUGACACGGUUUUCUUUGCGUUACGGGAACUUUAGGGGACUCGAACCGGGACGGGUCAACUUGGUAUCAACACGGGACGGCGUUUGGUUUCAUGACAUGACUUGGGAGUUACUCGCAUGAGGACUGAAGAUAUGGCUUACGAUUGGGUUAUAGAGACGGGGAUGAAUAAAGAAAACCGAAUAAAUUUGCGGAUUUUUAAUUUGGCU